AUGGAAGCUAGGGAUGAUAUAGAAGAUCCCUUCAAACUCAAGGAUCUUUGGUGGCAGACCUCGAGCUUUGCUCUUGAAUCACUUCCGCCGCUGGAAUCGGUCCAUCUUGAAUCGGCCAUUUCAGAUAUUCCAAACGGACUCUUCAGUUCUGCACUAUACAACUUUGAUAAGAACCAGUCUCUACUCUACGAGAUCAAUGUCUUCGGCACCGAUAACACAGAGAACCUCUCGCUCGAGCUUCCCGAUGCAGCGCAGUCUACCACCGAUGACGAUAAGACGGAUACAACAUCUUCGAUUGAGGAACAAGAACAAGAUAGCCCAUGGAAUAUAGACUCGUUACUAAAAUACCUUCAUGAAGCGCCAAAAGAUGGACCGAAACUCGCAUCCUGGGACGGUUUUUUGGAUCGCAAUUACAAAGAACCUGCAUCCGCAUAUCUGAGCGAAUUCGGCAACAGAGGCUUUGAUGCAGCAUUAUCACAUCAAGCCACUGUGAGCGGGCUGGAGAAUGCUGGCCGUAUAAUGCGAUAUUCGGUAUUCUUGGAUUGCCUUAUUCGUCUCGGACUGGGGUGGAAUUCAAUGCUGUUUCAUUAUAACGAGCAGAAGAGGGUCUUUGAAAAGAGUAUACAAGAUAUACGCAUCACUGGGCUCAGUCUUGCUGCUCUCAACGGUAUGAUUAGCGAUAUCUCACGAUGUGGUACGGACGUCCAGAGGAUGCGAAAGUUUGUUCGAGCGAACCCAUCAGUCAGUGAACAACCUUCUGCGCUGUCGAGUUUGGCCAGUGCUAUUUCAGUAUUGCUGUACAGUCUUGAGAAGCAGCUUUCAGGACAUCUACGUGUCGAUGUCUCCUUAAUACAGGUCCAUAACCUGUUUCAGAAAUGCGGUCACCUUGUGAGCACGUUGGUAGAUAUAAUUACAGCAGCGGAAACGGCCCGGAGCGAGAGUGAUAUUAUCUCUGUACUUUUGGCCAAAAGUGAAGAUCAUGAACAGCGGGUACCCUGGCUGGCAAAUACUUUAUAUGAGCUGAUUCAGCGGUGCACAAAACCGUGGCUAUCAUCCGUCGAGACAUGGAUUGGACUCAAAAGCGAAAAGUUUCUUCUUGGUCAGGAGCAGUCAAUGAGCAGAAGCUUUGUAGAGGUGGAUCAAUCUCAAAACCUAGCUAACACAGCUCCGAGGCCCGCAAUUGUGGAUUAUAUCUACCACCCGGAAUUUGUACCUUCGUCUCUACCCGCCGAACAAGCACACUUACUAUUCGAAACCGGAAAGACACUUCGUUUGCUCAAAAAGAACCAGCCAGACCACCCGAUUUCAAGGGCCGAUGUUGUCGAAGCCGCAGAAGCUCCUAGCCUUACAUGUGCUUUCAACUGGGCACAUAUCGAGCAGAUACAGAGAAGAGCUAAUGAGUACGAAAGCCGACUGCGCCGGGAAAUAACGAGGUACAACAACGGCGACACGUCAAGGUCUCGUCCUGGGACACGGCAUGGGGAGGCGGAGCCUACCGAAAAGGGGCUGUAUGCGGAUGACGUCGCCGACAAUAAUUUUGAGCUCAUUAAUCUCGACGAUGGAAAGCAUGUCACUGGACUACUUGCCGGCGAUGCACACAUGGAGUCUGAUAGGCUUUACCAAGAUGCCGAAGAAAGUGAAUUCUUCAGUCCACAUACCUUGAUACAAAAUGAUACAGCCUUUGGCCCUCCUCUCGGCUCGGUUUUGUACCUCUCUCUAGCACCGACUCUAGCAGUGCAAGCGAAAUUGGUCGACUUUUCGUGUCUACAUUUGCUUUUUAAGAAGCACAAGCUACGAUAUCAUCUCACACUACAAUGGCGGUUCCAGCUCCUGGGCGACGGCACAUUUACUUCACGACUAUCCCACUCUCUGUUUGACCCCGAGAUGACGAGUGGUGAGCGAAAAUCAGGCGUUGCCCGUGGUGGCUUUCAUACAGGCUUACGGUUGGGGAAUCGAGAUACAUGGCCACCAGCCAGCUCCGAGCUUCGACUGGUUCUUAUGGGGCUGCUGAGUGACUGCUAUGAUGCGGGCGAAAACGACACGUUCUUAUCGGAGCAACCAGAAACAAAAGAAAAAGAGCUGCCGGGCAACCUCAGUUUUGCUAUUCGCGACCUCACUGGUAAUGAAUUGAUCAAAUGCAAGGAUCCCAACGCCAUAGAAGCCCUAGACUUUUUACGCAUGCAAUACAAACCAUCAACCACAAUCGAGAGCGUAAUCACGCCCAAAUCACUCGAAAAAUACGACCAACUCUUCAGAUACCUCCUACGACUAUUACGCGUGGUCUCCGUUGUCAACGGUCUCAUCCGCGACUCAACAGCUCGGACUUCUCUAUCUGGAGAUACACAUAACAUCUUCCAACAAUUUCGCAUCGAAACCCACCAUUUCAUACAUGCUCUAAACGAUUACAUCUUCCAAGUCGCAAUCGGCACGAACUGGCAUCGAUUCGAAGAUACUUUGCGUUCUAUCGAAUCCUGCAUCGACAGUGACGAUAUAGACGGCACCAUCGACAUAGCCGGCUCCCUGCACAGAUUACGCAAAUAUCACGAAGAUGUCCUCGAUCAGAUUUUGUUCUCGGUCUUCCUUGUUGACCCGAAAGACCCGAAAAGCCAGUCCCGUCGCAGUGCGCCAUUGAAACAAGUAAACAAGAUACUUGAAGAGAUAUUCGGCACAAUUCUGGCAUUUAUGCCUCUUUCCAGACUUGAUGGUGAACAUGGAAUACGCAGUCAGAAUGAAAAGACGGUUUAUCGCCUUUAUGUCACGUUUAGGAGAGAUGUAGGUAAAUUGAUGAGGUUUUUGAGGGGGUUGGAUGGGAAGAGAGCGGGUUUGGCGGCGUCAAAAGCAAGUGUUAGUGGUUCUGCGCGAGGGAUGUCGGCAAGAGGGACGUCGAGUAUAUAUGAGUAUUUACUUUUGCGGCUGGAUAUGAAGCAGUAUUACUAG